AUGAGCGCGAGCCAGCGUGUGGAUGAGGAGGAUGAGAGCGAGCAGUUAUCGGACUUCACGGAGAGCUUUAACCAGCUGGAACUGCUGGAAACGCACCGGCACCUGAUUCCUGUGGGGACUCAGAGCUGUUGGUCGGGACAGUCGGAAGAUGAGGAAGACGAACAAGAAAAGAGUGAGGAAUGGUAUGAAAUGCAAGAAAAAAAGAUGGAAAAAAAUCCGGAGAAACUGCUCCUGUGGGCAGCUGAAAACAACCGGCUGAGUACAGUGCGAAGGCUUCUUUCCCAAAAGCUGGCUCCAGUUAACGCUCGUGACGAAGACCAAUACACUCCUCUCCAUCGAGCUGCCUACAGCGGCCACUUGGACGUUGCCCACGAGCUGGUGGCCCAAGGGGCGGAUGUUCACGCGCAGACCGUGGACGGCUGGACCCCCCUGCACAGCGCUUGCAAGUGGAACAACACGAAAGUGGCCUCGUUCCUGCUGCAGCAGGGCGCAGACAUCAACGCGCAGACGAACGGGCUGCUCACGCCCUUGCAUAUUGCUGCAGGAAACAAGAACAGCAGAGAUAUCCUGCUGCUUUUGCUGAUGAAUCGCUAUGUGAAACCAGACCUGAAAAACAGCUUGGAUGAAACUGCCCUUGACAUUGCUAGGAGGACUGAUGUCUAUCACUACCUUUUUGAGAUAGCCGAUGACUGCAUAAAUUGUGUGUUAAAAUUUUGA